UCAACUGCAAACAUCAUUGAAGGUCUCUUAUCUCCUCUCUUCAAUGGGGUGGCUCUGUUUCUUCACCAUCAUUGCAAUCUCAUGUGUUUCCAUAGCGAAAACAGAGCAGCGUCCCUCGGCAACGGACCUGGAUUCGCAGACAUGGGACCUCUCGGUCCCGGCCAAGAAGCCCGAGUUCUUGGAUUGGUUAAAGAGGGUCAGGAGGAGAAUCCAUGAGUACCCGGACCUGGCUUUUCAAGAACACGAAACUGGUCAACUCAUAAUGUCCGAGUUGGACUUGUUCGGGAUCGAUUACUCAUUGCCCGUUGCCGAGACAGGAAUCGUGGCCUCCGUCGGGUCUGGGGUCGAGCCCUGGUUUGGUCUUCGAGCUGACAUGGACUCCCUUCCAAUCCAGGUUGCCUUUUGCCUCUUCUCUUAGUGAAUAUCUUCAUCGUU